AUUCCAAGUCACGUGACAAUGCUGACGUUUGUGCUGAUCGCUCUGGAUAGACACCGAUUCCUGCAGGAGCCAGCGAAGCCGCGAGUUCCGGCCUUUGUGUGCGCCACGGGCACUUGGCUAAUGGCAAUCUGCAUUGUUCUGCCCUAUCCCAUCUACACCACCUACAUUGACAUGGAGAGAUAUCAUCCCAUGUUCACGGGAGUCGGCAUAUGUAUGGUCAACCUGGCAGAUGACAUGCAAGAGUAUGUGAGAGGCUUAUUCAUUGCUAUGUAUGUUCUCCCAUUGGCUGUAAACGCUUAUCUCUACGUGAAGAUGUCGAGAGAGCUGGAGGAUCAAGAUGGACCUCUCGCUUUCAUGCUCUAUGAGGCGAGAACACAACGAAAUAAUCAUACACCCUAUCAUUACAGGGAAGGCGAAAGCCAAUUCCGGUUCCGGUCGCCGACAGUGAACUUUGAUCUGUACGAGGCGGAACUGGACAUGCGCCGUGAGAAGCGAACCCAGAAGUACCUCAUCGCCAUGGUGACUGUGUUCGCCAUCUGCCUCUGCCCGCUGACCGUCCUAAGGAUAGCAAAGUUGGCUCUGAAUGAGACUUACGAGAAUAGCGGCCACUUCGACAUCACGUUCACACUUUUCGUGUGGAUUGCUUUCCUGCCUACCAUCACGACACCAGUGCUCUACGCUUCGUGGCGCAUGAGCAGGUCGACAAAGGAGAGACUACGCGGCUAUUUCCGUCUGAGCAACCGGCAGGAGCGUCGCAACGAGGAGGAUGAGGCGGCACACCAGCGACGUCGGCUGGAGGCGGUGACGACGGUGACUGCGGAGGCGGCACCCACUUCCGCUCCGGGGGCGGUAGGACGUCGCUCAGGCCCCUCAGUCUCUGCCAGCCUCAGGGAGCGCGACAGCCUUGCCUCGGUCCACUCACAGGCGAGCAGUUCCCGAUUGUCCAGUAUGCGUUCGCCCAACGCAAGUGUGCGCUCGACCAACGCAAGUGUCUACCUGCAUAGUUCCUGAUCCCAUCUGCUCUCGCAGUCCGAUCGUGCGUCGGACGUCUGAGACGAGGACUUCGCGCAGCUCGAGCGCACGUCGUGUGCAACGCUCCGGUUCUGAGCGCCGUCACCGCGAACACACCGCGCGCCGCGAACGUGUCAAGCAGAUGCGCGCCUCUCUGCGACUGGAGCUGGGUGAUAUCAAUACGCCGCUCUUCACCUGAUGUGAGUGUUCAGCUACAUAAAAUAGUCCCUUAUUGACAUCUUGAAAACAAACAAUGUCAUUCAUUAAACAAACAAUGUCAUUCAUUAUUAAAAAGAAUCGAGAAUGCUGUAUUAAUGUGGGAAAGUCUCUUCACCUGUCGUGAGUAUCGAGAUUCAACCUUCUCUCAAUUGGAGCUGGAUGAUAUCAAUACGCCGCUCUUCACCUGAUGUGAGUGUUCAUCUACAUAAAAUAGUCCCAUAUUGACAACUUGAAAGCAAGCAAAUUCCAUUAUAAGAAAUCGAAAAAUUCAGUUUUACUGUGGGAAAGAAUCUUCAGCUAAAGAUGCGAAUAGAUUUGAGCGCCUCUAACACACGCAUUUCACUUCUCAUCAGCUGAUGCUACGCUUAUUAUAUUUGUAUCUUACUAUUUAUCUUUAUCUAUUCGAAUACAGAAAUAAUCAGGUGUUAGGAAGUGAAAUGCGCUUGUUCGUGGCGUUCAAGUCUGUACGCAGCGUAUAGUGAAUAUCUAAAUCGGCUAUCUUAUAGUGUGCAGCUUAAUGUGAGUAUCAACAUCCAACGCUCUCUCGGCUAGUGCUGGGUGAUAUCAAUACGCCGCUCUUCACCUGAUGUGAGUGUUCAUCUACAUACAUUAACCAACAGUAUUCUCUCAUGCUGACGACUUGAAAACACACAAUGUCGUUAAUCAUUAUGAAGAAUGGAAAACUCAGUAUUUAUGUAUGAACGUCUCUUCACCUUCGAUCAUUAUAAAACUGAAAUAUCCAGUAUCAAUGUGGAAAAGUUAGUGCAUCUAUUGAACUUGUAUGUAGUCUACAAUGUACUGUGAUUCACGUUAUAGAAUGUGGAAAUCAUAGGACUGUAUCGUUGCUGACUCUCCGUUGAAUUUUGAGACUGAGAUCAAAAUAUUCUAAUAAUUUACCAUAUCUCCACAUAGUCUACAAACGAUCCGGCAACAGUGUAGGGCAAGAGAAUGAUUUUUUUCAAUGUCACACAGGAUAACAAACCAAUGUUAAUCAGGUGCUGACUUUAUGACGUGAAUGUCAAUAUUGUUGGAUUACUGAAAAUCGAGUUAAUAAGGAACAUUCAAAGUGAGGGUCUGUGUCAUGUUGGAAGGUCAGUGGAUCAUCUAAUUCAUUAAAUUCGUAUGGAGCUCCAUUUUCAAGUUUAUAGUGACGAAAAUCGAACAUUUCAAACGUUGUCAACCAUGAUUAUAGUCGCUGAUUGUAUCAUCUUGAAACUGUUGUCAGAGAAACAAAACAAACAGUAGAAUUCAGUAGGCAACAAUGAUUAUUAUCACCUGACUUCUCUAAUAUAAUUGAUGUGUAUAGAAUGACAUAAUAAUUUAUGUUAUAAUUAUUAUUGAUAAGGUGUGAGUUUCAGGAGUGAUUGAUGUGUGAAUGACUAAAAGUAUAUUUGAUCAUAUUUUCUCAAUAGAUCUCUGUAUUGAAAUGGCUUUGGCUUUAAUAAGCAGAAUGAAGCGGUUUGUAUGAAUAUUACCUUAACAAUAAGUUGAUAAUAGUGAUGUGACUAAAACAAUUUUCUUGCUUGAGUGGGAAACUUGAAAGUGUUGAAGAAAGAUAUUCUCUAUAAUUAAUCAAAAACAAUAUUAUAACUGUUAUUAUUUAGUGUUUCAAAUUAUAAUAAUCUGCCAAAUAAUAGCGUUUAAGUAUUUGCAACUUUAUACGAAUCUAAUGUUUAUAUGGAAUAUUGUUGCCCCUUGAACCAAGAGGCAAUAAUUUAAGUUUUUUAUGAGGCAAUCAUUUGAAGUGAAAUUAACGUUAUAAAGUUCAGUUGAAAGGUAGGACGGCAUAGUUGCCAAUUCUCCUUCCCAACGCCUUUCACAGCUGUGGCACAAGUCAUCCCAGUAUAUCUGAUGUAAUAUUUUUCUGAAUAAUGUUGAUUUUUGUCUAUAAUGAUCUAUUCCAUCUCAAGAAUAUUUUUUUCGUCAUGAUAAAUAUGUAUUCAU